AACCCUCACCAAUCACCAUAACCCAUCAAUCUCCAUCACCAUCUUCUUAGAAAAUCACCAGAGCUCGUUUGAAUGCACACACAAAUUCCCUUCAAAUGGCUUCACCGGCAAGUCAUUUCCUCCUCCAUAUCCUCUUCCUCUUCCUUCAUUUUCCUUCCUCGUUUGCCGCCGCGGGUCUCACAAACUUAGUUUACAAGGGCUGUGCAAACCAGAAUUUCCAAGACCCAAUUGCCUCCGAAAACCUCAAAACCCUUUUCACUGCCCUCGUUUCUCAAUCCUCCACCACGAAUUUCUACAAAACAGUAUCCGGUGGAAAUGAGCAAUCAACUACAUCCAUCAGCGGCCUCUACCAGUGCCGUGGUGACCUAUCGAACACCGACUGCAACAGCUGCGUGAUAAAACUCCCGAACACCAUCCAAAAAGUUUGCGACAGAGACACCAUUGCUGCCCGAGUCCAGCUCGUGGGAUGCUACAUGAGAUACGAGGUUAUCGGAUUCCAACAGGUUCCGGCGACUGAGCUCCUGUAUAAACAGUGCGGUUCCCGUCGUGCUGGUGGAUCCGGGUUCAGUGAGAGGCUCGAGGCGGCGUUGUCGCUUAUACCGAAGGGGGUUUCCAACGGAAAAGGGUAUUAUGCCGGUGGGUAUCAGUCCGUUUACGUGUUGGGGCAGUGCGAAGGUGAUUUGGGAGGCGGGGACUGUGUGAACUGUGUGAAAAAAGCCGCGGAGAUUGGUAGGACCGAGUGUCAAAGCUCCAUCUCCAGCCGUAUUUUUCUUCAGCAGUGUUACAUUAGCUACACAUAUUACCCCGACGGAGUCCCCGGCGCCGGAGAUGGUGGAGUCGGAGUUGGUGGUGUUGAAACAGGGGCGACUGAGACAGGUGGUGGUGGCGGCGGCGGUAGAAACAACACAGAGAAGACGGUGGCGAUUGUUUUCGGUGGGCUGGCGGGGUUAGGGCUGGUCGUUGCUUUCUUGUUGGUUCUAAAAUCAGCUUUUAAAAAGAAAAAAGAACACUACUCUUAUGGAGGUGACCAUUGAAGAAUGUAAAGGCAAAGGGAAAAGAUAAAGAGGGACUUGGGACUUGCUUUGCUCUUUCUUCUUCUUUUGGUGUGGGUCUAGACUCAAAGAGUUGUUCCUUCGCUUCCAAGUUUUAAACUGCUUUUUAGACUUUUAAUCGAUCAUCAAUAGACAGAUAGUGUAUUAUGUACAUAAAACUACCUAUUAAUUGUAGUUUGAUGAUUCAAUUAUCACAUUAAUAGAUCGGAUCAUGUAGUGUUUAUUUUUUUACAAUUUGCAUACAGGUUAUGACUUGGG